AUGGUGGGCGUGCCGGGCGGGUGGACCCUAUCGGGCGGGGCGGAGCUUGAGCACGACGAGCGGGCCAUGGCCGCACCAGCGAUGAAGGCCAACGCUGAGGCGCCGCCCCCGGCCGAGGAGGGCCACUGGGUGAGGCCGGACCGCGGCGCUCCCGGCAGCCUCGCGUUUCGGAAGAAGCGGUGCUGGAGGCCGCCGUCGCCGAGCGCCGGGACGAAGGGCGACAGGUAUCCGCCCAGAGGCCGGGAGCUGCCGCCGGCGCCGCACGCCGACCCCUCCCCCCCCCGAGUCCGGGAGCUGCAGCUGGCGCCGAACGCCGAGAGGGGCGCCGCGCACGCCCCGGGAGGCUGGGAGGCGGCGGACGCCGUGGUGAUAGGCACGCUCCACGAGCACGGCCUCCUGCUCGAGGAGAUCCUGCAGCGGCUGCCGCCCGCUCCCGGCGCCGCGGCGCCGCGCUCCCCGAGCUCUCAAAAGUCUGGCGCUCCUGGCGAGGAGAAGCUGGUGGAAGCGAAGCUGCUGGACAGCGCCAGCGGCGGGAUGCGGCGGCUGGACGGCCCAGACUGCUGCGGGCCCGAAUUUCCGAUCGUGGCAGACGGGCAAGGGUCAGAGGGUCGCUUGGUGCAAGCGGCCACGACCUUUGCUGCGGCGACAGCUCCACGACCCAAGAAGACCAAGUCGAACUCCCUGUUCCACAAGAAGGCCCAGAGCGGCACGCCCAGCAACCGGGUCAGCAAAGCCGUUCACAAGCUGGUAGACUCGCCCGCUUUCGAACUGUUCUGCGGAUGCCUGAUCCUAGUCAACACCGUCAUCAUGGUCAUCGACGAGCAGUUCAGCGGAGCUCAGGUAGGGUACGACAUCGGAUUCUACACGGCUUAUGGCUCCGACGAGUGGGCAGACAGAGUCCACAACGAGUCGUUGUUCCGCAUCUUCGAGGCUAUAUUCGCCGUUAUAUUCACCGUCGAGGUGGCCCUGCGGAUCGUGGGGACGGGCUGCCUGUUUUUUAGACGUCCCACUGAUAAUUUUGACUUGGCGGUGGUUGUCUUGUCGGACCUCUCCGUCAUCGUCAGCGGCACUCACCUGCUCGAGGGCAUCCAGCUGCUGCGACUGCUCCGGGCUGCGAAGCUGCUGCGUCUUGUGAAGCUCGUCCGAACGAUGGAGGGGUUCGAUUCCCUCCACCUCAUGACGACGGCACUCCAGUCCUCUAUUUGGGCACUCUUUUGGUCCGUCCUGCUGCUGCUGAGCAUACAGACCUUUGUAGCCAUGAUCGCCACGAAUGUGUUCCGUUCGGCGUAUCUGCAGAAGGGCAACCUGUCCGACGAUGACAAAGAGUAUCUCUUCACGUAUUGGGGGACUUACACCCGCUCCAUGCUGUCGCUCUUCGAGCUGGCAUUGGCGAACUGGACGCCGAUCUGCCGCUGGCUCAUGGAAAAUUUGCACGAAGGGUUCAUGGUCGCCGCACUCUCGUACAAGCUCGUGAUGGGAAUCGCCGUCGUCGGUGUGAUCAACGCUGUGUUCAUGCAGGAAACAUUCAAGGUUGCACACACCGAUGACGAGAUCAUGGUCAGGAUGAAGAUGAAGGCCGCCAGGCAGCACAAGGACAAGAUGUCGGCCCUCUUCGCCGAGGCGGACGCUGACAGCAGCGGGCGAAUCCAGAGAGAAGAGUUCCGGGCCAUCUUGGAGGACGACAGCAUCAAGACGUGGCUCGCUUCCAUGGACCUCGACGCCAGCGACGCGGACACCGUGUUCGACCUGCUGAGGGGCGACGACGACGCGAUCGACCACAACGAGCUGAUCCAUGGAAUCGGCCACCUGAGGCCGGGCGACGAGAGAUAUGCACAUACACACACCGAUCCUGGACCCAGGGCGGGCCUUGUCAGGAUCGGUGCAUGUGCAUACUUCGUUUUCCUCAAUGAGGGGGGCCGCGCGGUCCAUAGACAUGCGCAGGCUGCUGCGGGUGCUGGACGCGAGCAGCCAGGCCAGCGCGGAGGGCAGCGUCUGAUCGCCGGCGCGGGGCGGCCACCUCUGCGGAGCGGUGCUCCGUGGGGAAGGCUCUCGGACGAGCGUCCAGGGACCCAGACCGCCUCGGGCCAUGAAAGAACACGGGUCCACGUUCCGACAAAGUCAUGACGUCGGGGGUCUGGAGGCGUCACUUGGACAAGUCCUCGGUCUGACCACAUUGUCUGAAUAGUUAGACUUCUGAGCCGGAGACAUCAUGCCACCGCAGGUCCAGAAGCGCGCCUGCAGCCCCUCAUGUCCUGCCCUGGAGGGCUGAUCUGGCACGCGUGCUCAGUAGAUGUGAAAUUGUUCCGGCAGUUCUCUGCCAAGCUUCUCGAGUCCCGCGCUCCACUCCGAACCAAGAAGUCCUUCCAAAGGUGAACGGACUGCGCCCUGCCGGCCUGGGGUCUUUGCGCCCAUGGCUCAGGCUGAGAGGCCCUCGUUGCACCCACUGAAAUGAAAUGGAGGAGAAGGGUCUCUCUCUCUCUCUCUCUCUCUUUCUGUCUCUCUCUGUCUCUCUCUCUCUAUCUCUCUAUCUCCACACAUUCGGGCCGAAGCCGUCUCGGAAUUCAAAGCACUGUAUCGAGUAGGGGCUCCCCUGUGAGCGCAGCCGCCUGCGUGCAAGCCGAGGCUGAUGCUCGCAGGGCGGCGCUGGCGCGGGGCGCGGCCGCUUCAAUAAUUUGGUGACUUGCUGUCACGGGCAGGCGCAGCGGGGAGCCGUCGGCCCCUCGGCGAGGCUUCUCGGGCCUAAGGGUGCCGCCGCGCGGGCACCGGCGCCGCCGCGAGGCUCGGAGACCGCGUGCGGGCCGCCCCCGCGGCGCCUCUCUGGCUCGGCGGCGAGGGCGCGCGGCGCCCCAGAUCUUUGACAUGCCAGAAAACACCCUGCUUGUCUCCGGGAGCCCUUCCCCCCCCCGACCUUCCUCGCCCCCUCAUGCCGGUGCCGCGCCCAAGAGUGAACCAGCGGAUCGCCGCGUUGGUUCCCGAGCGACGGGUAUAAGGGCGCGCGCGCGCGCGCCGCCCGUCGUCGGCGUCGUGAGGGGCGAUUGCAAGCAGUCGUUCUGUUGCUUUCUGUGUCGGAGCGUUCUCGCGAGCCACGGCAGGACGCAGGAUCGG